CAUUUUGUAAUGUCGUAUUUGGUUUUGCGCUUUUUGUAGUGAGAAUUUUGUGAGAGAGCUGUUGAAUUUGGUGUAUUAUCCGUUAUAUUAAGGAUACGCACGGUGCAAUUGUUGGAAUGAUUGGAUAAUUGUGAGCGGUAACUGAAAAUUAAUCAUAAGUAUAAAAAAUGGCAGCACUUCAGGGACACCAAGGCGCCGCCGCCCUUUUGGAUUUCAACCGUAAACUGGACAUUAAUCUGUUGGAUAGCGUGGUUGUAAGUAUGUAUGCGGGAAACGGAGAGACCCAACGAAUGGCACAAGAAGUACUGACGACUCUAAAGGAGCACCCGGACGCCUGGACGAGAGUAGACACGAUUUUGGAGUACUCGACGAACCAGGAGACAAAGUACUACGCCCUGCAGAUACUCGAGCAAGUCAUAAAAACCAGAUGGAAAGUCCUGCCGAGGAAUCAAUGCGAAGGGAUCAAAAAAUACAUUGUAUCGUUGAUAAUAAAAACCAGUUCCGAUGCGGAAGUAUUAGAAGCAAACAAAACGUAUCUCAAUAAGUUAAAUAUGAUAUUAGUGCAAGUUUUGAAGCGAGAAUGGCCUAAGAAUUGGGAGAGUUUCAUACCGGACAUAGUCGGAGCGAGCAUGACUAACGAGAGUUUAUGUCAAAACAACAUGAUUAUCUUAAAGUUAUUGAGCGAAGAAUUGUUUGAUUUUUCAUCGGGGCAAAUAACACAAACGAAAUCUAAACAUUUGAAAGAUACAAUGUGUAGCGAAUUCUCAGCGAUUUUCCAUUUGUGUCAGUUUGUAUUGGAGAAUUCGCAAAAUCCACCUCUCGUAAACGCUACUUUAGAAACUUUGUUGAGAUUUCUCAAUUGGAUACCGCUUGGCUAUAUAUUCGAGACGAAUUUGAUAAACACGUUGAUUUUCAAGUUCUUGCCAGUACCGUUGUUUCGAAAUGUCGCGUUAAAAUGUUUGACAGAAAUCGCAGGAGUUACUGUGAGCAAUUACAAUGAUAUGUUUGUAUCGUUAUUCACCCAAACGAUGACUCAAUUAGAGGUGAUGUUGCCCAUUCAAACGGAUAUUAAAUCGGCGUACGCAUGCGGACACGAUCAAGAACAGAAUUUCAUUCAAAAUUUAGCUCUAUUUCUUUGUACAUUCUUAAAGGAGCACAGCGGUAUCGCGGAAAAUCAAUUCGAUACGCUCGGAAAGUCCUUGAGGUAUUUAGUGCUCAUAUCCGAAGUUGAAGAGGUGGAAAUAUUCAAAAUAUGCCUCGAAUAUUGGAAUAAUUUAGCGUCGGAAUUAUAUCAACAAGUCGGGCCGAUAUUCAUCAACAAAGGCAAAGAUUUGUGCAAUUUCUAUCGAGACGUCUACAAGGAGGUGUUAAACAAAGUCAGAUUCAUCAUGAUAUCUAGAAUGGCGAAACCCGAAGAAGUAUUGGUCGUUGAAAAUGAUAAUGGAGAAGUUGUAAGGGAAUUUAUGAAAGAUACAGAUUCGAUUAAUUUGUACAAAAAUAUGAGAGAAACGCUCGUUUAUUUGACACAUUUAGAUUGCGCCGAUACCGAACGGAUAAUGACUACUAAACUUCAAAACCAAGUCAAUGGAUCUGAAUGGUCUUGGAAAAACCUAAACACCCUGUGUUGGGCGAUCGGAAGCAUAUCCGGCGCGAUGCACGAAGAGGACGAAAAACGAUUCCUAGUAACGGUAAUCAAAGAUCUGCUGGGAUUGUGCGAGCAGAAACGCGGCAAAGACAAUAAAGCUAUCAUAGCUUCGAAUAUAAUGUACGUGGUCGGGCAGUACCCCAGGUUCCUGCGGGCCCACUGGAAGUUCUUGAAAACAGUCGUAAAUAAGCUGUUCGAAUUCAUGCACGAAACCCACGACGGUGUACAAGACAUGGCCUGCGACACUUUCAUCAAAAUAGCAUUGAAAUGUCGAAGGCACUUCGUCACGACGCAAAUCGGCGAGUCCUGUCCGUUUAUAGAAGAAAUUCUCGCUUCGAUUUCGACGAUUAUAUGCGAUCUACAACAACAACAGGUCCACACGUUCUACGAAGCCGUGGGGUAUAUGAUAUCCGCGCAAGCGGACACCACUAUACAGGAGUCUCUUAUCGAGAAGUACAUGAUGUUACCUAAUCAAGUGUGGGACGAUAUAAUUAGUCAGGCGAGUAAAAACGUGGAUUUCUUGAAAGAAAUCGAAAUCGUCAAGCAACUGGCCAGCAUACUGAAGACGAACGUAAGGGCUUGUAAAGCAUUAAGUCACGCUUACGUGCUGCAAUUGGGACGGAUAUAUUUAGACAUGCUGAACGUUUAUAAGGUAAUGUCGGAAAAUAUCGCGGCGGCCAUCCAAGUGAACGGCGACGUCGUCAUGAAACAACCUCUCAUAAAAUCGAUGAGGGCCGUCAAGAAGGAAACGCUUAAAUUGAUCUCUGAUUGGAUAUCCCGAUCGACGGACAACGCCAUGGUGCUCGACAAUUUCAUACCGCCUUUCUUGGACGCCAUCCUUUUGGACUAUCAAAGAACCCCCGUGCCCGUCGCCAGGGAACCCGAAGUCUUGGGCGCCAUCGCCACCAUCGUCAACAGACUCGAGGGACACAUUACUUUAGAGGUCCCGAAAAUAUUCGACGCGGUCUUCGAAUGCACCCUCGACAUGAUCAACAAGGACUUCGAGGAGUACCCGGAGCACCGUACGAACUUCUUCUUGCUCCUCCAAGCGGUUAACACGCACUGUUUCCCGGCCCUGCUCAACAUACCGCCAACGCAGUUCAAGCUCGUGUUGGACAGCAUCAUCUGGGCGUUCAAGCACACCAUGCGGAACGUGGCCGACAUCGGCCUGCAGAUCCUGCUGAAGUUGCUGCAGAACAUCGAGCAGCACGAGGCGGCCGCGCCGAGUUUCUACCAAACGUACUUGACGGACAUCUUGCAGCACAUUUUCUCGGUGGUGACGGACACGUCGCACUCGUCGGGGCUGUCGAUGCACGCCUCCAUAUUGGCUUAUAUAUUCUACUUGAUCGAGACGGGCGGGGUGCAUUGCCAGUUGGGGCCGAGGCCAGAUAACGUGUUGUACAUUCAGGAGUUUACGGCUACGCUGCUGAAGUCCGCCUUUCCGCAUUUGACCGAUAAUCAGAUUAAAAUCACGGUGCAGGGGAUGUUCAAUUUAGAUCAGGAUAUACCGCAAUUUAAGGAGCACCUGCGAGAUUUCUUGGUGCAGAUUAGGGAGUACACUGGAGAAGAUGACACGGAUUUGUUCCUGGAAGAACGAGAAAAGGCCCUGGAGACCGCUCAGGCGGAGAAACGUCGCAUCGAAUUGUCCGUGCCGGGUAUCCUGAACCCGCACGAGGUGCCGGAGGAAAUGCAGGACUAGCCAUUAAAGUUUUUUUGUUUUUAAAAGAAACAUUGUAAUUAAUCUAAAAAAAAUAUUUAGAUCGAUAUUUUUCUAUUUGUAUCAACAAAAAAAAAGGAUAUAACCUGGUUUUAAGAGAAUAAAUACCAGUGUGUCAAUGUGUUUUGUGCGAUAAAGGCCCACACAAGUCGCUUUUUUAUCAUUUUUUUAUAAUAUAUUUUUUUACAUCUGUAUAAUUUCGUUUCGUCAGGUUUUGUAUAGACUGCGUGUUUAAUUCAUAACUAUUCUGUUAAGAUGGGUUUGAGUAAUUUAUUAGUUUCCUGGCUGUUACACGAUUAAAUUUAGUUUAUUUUAGUUUGAAAUUCAGAGACUGCUAAUUACGAACCAAUUUAAAUUGUAUCUAAAGGGAUUCGAGAGGCCCUAAACUUAUGUUUGUUACUAAAAGUGCUUCAAUUUAAAGUAUGAUUAUCAUUCCUGAAUCUCAAUCUCAGAAACAAAAUCAUCAAUUUAAAUUCGGAAAUGCUAGUAAUUUUCUUAGUACUCGUAAGGUUGUAAGGAAUAAUUGUUGCUUAGUUUAUAAUUAGUGCUUAGUCUCUGGAUUGCGUAGAGUGAACGAUGAAAAAAACCAAAAUCGCCCGUUUUGAAUACUGUAAUUUGGCAUACUUAAUUUUUUUUCGGUGGAGCACAAAACACAAUUUUUGUUUUGGCGUUGUAACAAUAAAAAAACACAAAGAAACAAGUAACUUUGAAUGCAUUUUAAUUUUUUUUUGUGUGCAUGAUUGACUGUUAAUGGUAUGUAUUAAUUAAUUCAUUUUAGGUGAAAUCAUUAGGAACAGUUAUGUUUAUGAUAUCGUUGAAAGCGAUUGUUUUCUAAUAAAAUAAAUAUUUAUAGAAAAAAAAGAGUAUGUUUUAUUUCGUUAAAAAUCCCUUGUACUUCCAUUUCUUAUCAUUAUCAAUGCACCAGUAAAAGAAAGUGCGUGUAAUUAAAGUUCCCCUAGAAUAGGAACUUGACGAAUUACGUUUUGAUUUGUUAAUGACCGCAAUAUUUAGCGAAUUAACGGCAAUUUCCUCGAAUUAAAUUAAUUAAUCUAAUGAACGAUUAGAAUAGGAAGUGCAUCGCUUAUAAUGCAAUCACGCGGGGAAUGCAAUUUUUUAUUUUGUUCAGUUCCGGUUUUUUUGGAUUGAUGCUUGGCAAAAAUUACGCGUUUCCUCUGAUGACCUUUGAUUUAUAUAACAGAAUAAACAUUAAUUAAUAAUCUAAUUGAAAUGAAGGGGCGCUAGCGAGUUUUUAAAUAAAAAAUUACAAACAUUAAUUGCGUUAAGUACUGUCAAGAAAAAUAUGUAAAUUUCAUCGAGGAAAUUACGUUCGUACUUCUUUCAUUUAAAAUUUUGAUUGCAGUUUACUUGGGUUCUUUGGUAGGAUUUUCCUCGACAGUAUUACUAAUCGUAUUGAUCUUAUUCGAAGUCGCUUCGUUUUCUUUCGCAUGUAUCUUCAUGGCCUCCGCGUCCAAAUUCAACUUCUCCAGUUUCUUCUUCCCGAAGAGGAUCCUGAGAUAGUAGCAGGGGAAAAUGACGCACUUUCCCUCCGGCUCCUCGGCGUCUAUGUAAACCCCCCGAAUCAGCAGCGAGUUCGAGCACCGGCAGAGCACCAGAAUGAUCAGGCUCACCC